AUGAUGCAAGGAAUAGCGGACAGUUUGAUUAUAUCUGGCAGUAUCGAAGGUGUGAAUUGUGACAUGGUGAUAGAUACGGGAUCUAACAUUACAAUUUUGAGACCGGACGUAUUGGGGCGAGUUUCGAAAGACGUAGACAUUGAUGUACAGCCAGUAAACAGUUUAUUACGGACAGUAACCGGUGAAACAACACCAGUACAAAGUCGUGGUAAGCUCGCUUUUCAAGUUGGAAAUUUGAAAGUCGUACAUGAUGUAUGGAUUGCAGAUGUCGAGAACGAGUGUAUUUUGGGACUAGACUUUCUGAUUUCGAAUGACUGUGUUGUUGAUGUACAAGAAUCCUGUUUGCGUAUUGGCCCGGAAGAAAUUCGAUUCAAGGGGAUGACAGCCACAAAGAAAUCAGUUUGUCGCAGAGUGAUGGUUGCUGAAACAUGGUUGGUUCCACCAAAGAGCGAAGCGAUAAUUCCAGGAAUGCUGGACGGUGAUGGUAGUUCUGAAGAAGGUUGGGGAGAAAUCAACCCUAGCAAGGAACCAGGAUUGUCCAGUGAUAUUCUCGUAGCAAGGACGGUUGUAGAUAUUCGUAAGCCCAUAUUUGCUGUAAGAGUGUUAAACAUGUCGGAUGAUGAACGAAUAGUCCGUGAAGGUACAGAUGUUGCUAGUUGUGAAAUCAUCGACAGUGUGACCGUGGUGGGGAAGACUGAGCCUGGAAGUCGUGAAGCGAGUGAUGAGUUACCUGAAGUGGUAAAGAAGCUUUAUGACCGUAGUUCCGGAGGUUUGGACGAUUCACAAAAGAGUCAGUUGUAUUCGUUGCUGGUGGAAUUUAAAGAUGUGUUUUCAGAAAGUUCAGGUGACAUAGGGAGAACAUCUUUAACUUCACACAAGAUUGACACUGGUAACCAAAAACCGAUCAAACAACAACCGCGGCGUCUACCACUGGCGAAG